UAAACUGAUAAGAACAAAGAAAACAUUUUAGCUGUCUGCUACGUAACUGUAAUCAACUCAACAAUGUCUGGACGUGGUAAAGGAGGCAAAGCCAAGGCCAAGAGCAAGACUCGAUCUUCUCGUGCCGGACUUCAGUUCCCCGUCGGCCGUAUUCACCGUCUUCUACGCAAAGGAAACUAUUCCGAACGUGUCGGUGCAGGGGCCCCGGUCUACCUUGCUGCUGUAAUGGAAUAUUUAGGUGCUGAGGUGUUGGAAUUGGCUGGAAAUGCUGCCAGAGACAACAAGAAAAGUAGAAUUAUUCCCCGUCACUUGCAGUUAGCAAUCCGUAACGAUGAAGAAUUGAACAAACUGCUGUCUGGAGUAACCAUCGCCCAGGGUGGUGUUCUUCCUAACAUCCAGGCUGUCCUUCUCCCUAAGAAGGCCCACAAAGCAGCUAAAUAGGUUAAUUACCUUGGUUUUUCAACAAACGGCCCUUAUAAGGGCCAC